AUGGAACAAGUAAGUACUCUCUUUUACUCUGUGGGUGAUUGUGCUGAUGAUAUCAUAAAAACAUUGGAGAAAAACAAAGAAUCAUCUUCUUACGAGGAAGUUAACGCGGCUUAUAAUAUUAUAAAUAUUAUUGUAGAAAGAGCACGUUUCAGACGACACAAACAACAUCCAGGUGAGCCCAUUGAAACAUUUAUUCAAAUUUUCAUCGCCUAGCUGAUAAUUGCGAGUUUAGAAUUCUCAAAGAUGAACUUGUUUGGGACAGAAUAAUUGUUGGAGUCCUUGAUGAUGCACUGUCUGAUCGUUUACAGGCUAAAACCAAAACUUACCCUUGCAGAGGCUGUUAGAAUGAGCCAUGAAAGUGAAGCACACGUCGACAAAAUCAUACCGUGGUUCGUGGUGAAGAACCUGAUGAUGUUAGUUAUAUCAAAUACAACCAACCAAGGAAGCAAGAUGGUUGCCGUCAAAGUGGUGGGUCCAAUAGUAACCGUCCACCUCGCGAUAUCAACAUCAAGAUCCAUAUCAAUGGUGUGUCCGACAGUGACACAACCGAGCAGUCCGUCCCGCUAUAAGGAGGCAUCAUGCAAUAACUGUAGAAAAAAGGACAUUUGUCUGCAGUGUGUCGUAUUUCUCGAGUCAAAUCGAAGAUCAAUGCCGUGGAGGAAGAAGAGAUAAUAUUUCUUGGAGAAAUUAGUUCAGAUGUAAACUACUGGACUGCCCAACUUGGAGUUGACAACCAUAACACUCGCUUCAAAUUGGGUACAGGAGCUGCAGUUACUGUUCUCAGCGAUCAAACACCAUGGUUGAAAAAUAUGAAUUAA